AUGUUUGCUGGCUCACAAUGCUUUCCGACGUUGAUCCUAUAUAUCGCCUGCUGCCCUCCUUCGGACGUCGUACCGCUGCAAGACCUGAUCUUAACCUGCCCAGAGGAAUACUUGGAAUCACGCGGAGAGGAAUGCUGUGGAGCUCCCAAAGACCGCGCAGACUUCAUCCUCCGGGUCCUGACUGCGGUUGGCCCAUCGAAGCUAACAGCUGAGCCAGAGGAGCGCUCCUAUGUCAUCGCUGCCCUGGAAAGGGUGCUCGUGGACUUUGAGCACAAGAGCCUGGAGGGCUGGCGAAGGCUGGCAGUCACCACGGCUACCUCUGCCUGCUUGCAGGCUGAUGCUCUCAAGGAUGAGAUGAAGCAAGCAGCUGAUGAGAAUCGCUUGGUGGCUGACGUUGCGGGAGAGCUCUUGCCCCGCGCCAUGGCGCGGGCGUCUCGGACAAGUCGAGUUCUUGCCAAGGCAGCACUUCGAUUGGAGGCUUUCUCGAACUAUCUUCUUGCCCAAGCCGCUGUCGACUCCGGAAUUACAUUUCCUGAAGUUGAUCAGCAGGAGGUGAGACAUCAGUUUGAUGAUCUCUUGAUGGACUACUACAAAAUGGUGGUGAGGGAGCACGACGAACUUGCCUUUAACAUCAUUCCGUCCUUCCAGGCUUCUUCCGUGAAGCGUGUUGUUCCUGUCCAUUCGAUUUCUCCUGUGUACCUGUUGGUGCUGAAUCUGGGUCAAACUGCGAAGGUCGGCUUCACCACGCUCUGGAGCAUUCUGAGGUUGAGGUCUGUUCCGUUGCACAUCUUCGUUCUGGGCGAUGCAGCAGGCCUCGAGAACUGGCGUGCCACUCUGCAUGAUCUUGAGGCAUCUGGCAAGAUGCGGAGCCUCAACCUCAUUGAAUUGGAGUACGUGGACUUCACGACGAACGUGAAUUUCCAGCUUUUCAUGAGUCAGUAUCCAUCCGACUGUGACGUGAACAAGAUCGGUGAGGCCUUGUUGGCUCGCUUCAUCUGCCAUGAGCUUCUGCCGGCUCACGUGGACCGCGUCAUUGCCAUGGAUCUGGGUGAUGUCCUCGUGUUGGACGACAUUGCAGACCUUUGGGCGCAGUUCGACACGUUUGAGAAGCACCAUGUCUUCGCAGCUGCGCAUAUUUCUGCCCUGAGCCAUGUCAACGGAGGUCUGGCCUUGUACGACUUGUCCAGGAUGCGCGCUCGUAACUGGACAUCGCUCGCACUCAGCGCGGCAAGAGAAGGACUUGGAAGGAGCGGCGACUGCAUCCAUGACCAAUCAUUGAUGAACACGCUCCACCUGCACAGUCCUGGUGAGCCAAGCCCCAUGCAAACGCUGCCUUGUCGCUGGAUGCUGGUCCCGGCAACCGAGUGGGGGAUGUUUUGGAACAGUCCAGAGCUGGUUCUUCCUGAGGUGCGCGAGCGUCGACGAUAUCCCGGGAUGGUCGGCGCUGGCCACUUCGAGGUCUACUGUCCAGAUCCCGUGGACCUCCUGAGCGGAUGGUCCUUCCUGCUGUCAACCGGGAACACACGGCAACGGCUUCGCACGAUGUCAUUGCUGAAGGGCAAUCAGCGGAUGACUCAGUGCACGAAGGAGGGGACUGCGGGCUUCGUUCAUCCGCGAGAUGUGCACCCUUCCCGGUGUUGUCGAUGCGGCGAAAGAGCUUCGUUGGUGCACAUCCCCGGAGAUAUGAAGCAAUGGUCCUUUGUCGACACCCUCUUUCGCUACCACUCGCCUUUCAACGACUGGGAAGAAAAGGAGCUGCAAGAGACACUCACGCGCCAACUCUGGCAGAAGGAGUCUCGCUUCGCUGAACAAAGUCGUCAUGUACAAGGGGCAGCGGGCCAAAUGGUAGAGCUGUACGGUGGCGAGGUUUGCUUCAGGAGGGACGUCAGCAUGUGCUGCAGUGCGCGAAACGAGCUGCGGGAGGGCCACAAGGUCUUGUACAAGACCCUGAACAUGAAGCCACUGCCUCCGCCUUUCCACCUCGAGGUGGAAACGACCGCCAAAUCCGAUGCUCAUCUGCUCAUGGGUCAAGGGCCCUUGAACUCCCUCGAGAUCGUGGCCGGGGCACACGGCGGCACCUGGUCCGCUGCUCGGUGGGUAUCUGAGGGAAGCUUUGUUGCGCUGACAGCCUUCGACGGCUCUCCGCAGCAGGACAACGGAGACAAAGGCGGCGCGGCGAAGUACAGCGUGCAGUUGGAAGAGGACGGAAGACUGCUGGUUCGUCACGGAUCAUCUGAGUGGGGUUUCUACCUUCCAGAGAAGUAUUUAAGCGAGCUCAGGCAGCAUCCUGUUGGCAUUUAUGUGGGCGUUCCUGGUGACUUGAGCGCAACAUGGAACCUGUGUCGGAAGUCCUUAGCUGAAAAGGCUUUUGCCUGCCUUGACAAUGCCAGCCGAGCCUUGACGAAACCGGGCCUUGACGUGCUCAUGGCUCGAGCGAAGUGUUCCAGUUUGAGUGAAGCUCGAAAAGAGCUCGGUUGUCGCGCUCCUUUCGAUGCCGAUUUAGUCGCAGGUUCUCAAAGCAUGGACUUAUUGAACGCGAGCGCGGCUAUCUCUGUCCUUGUGCGCUGUCUCCUCCUCUUCGUCCUCACAGCCGCGGCUGCUGUUUGUGGAUGCGCAGUGAUGGCAGACCUGAACACGCUGUGUUACGGAAACGAAGCACAUCGGCUUGCUAGCGAAUUCCUUGCUGUGGUUCCUCGACAAGUGACAAGCCUCGCCAUCCUCGUUUUGCCACCACUGUGUUGUUGGCUUUGUGUGAAGGGCGCGGGUGGAAGUCGCUUAACGACGGGCUGUGGCGGCGCGCUAGCAGCUGGAAUGCUCAUAGGCGUCUUGGCAGGCCCACUUCCAGGCCCUUAUGCCUUUUUCCAGGAUGUCGACGUGCGUGAUGAGAUGACGCACUCAUCUGUCCAGAGGGCCAUCUCUGGACGGACAGAUCUUUGA